UUUCUCUUUCAUCACUCUCUCUUUCGAUUGUUGUGAUGUGAUUAAAAAGAUUUUCUUUGAUUUGACUACACUGUUCGAAAGUCGAAAGUUUCGGGUAUCAUUUUAUGCUAAGAGUUGAGUGAUAAACGUGGAAACCGCUUGGUAUUUAAUAGAAGAGAAAGUAAACAAAGAGAAAUGUUCAUUGUAUGAACGGUAUUUUCAAUAGGUCCGGAGAAACAGUUAUGAACCGAUUUGAAUAUUGCCAGGCACGACUUAGCGAGGGUGAAUCUUUCGUUGCCAAAGACCGCAAUAUUAAAUUGUACAAUGGUGAUGAGAAAACCAACUUCGAAGACGGAGAGCUCGUUCUUACCUCGCACCGAAUACUGUGGGGUCGUAUUGGAGAAAUUGCCCGUGGUGGUAACGUAAUAUCGCUUCGUCUUAGGUAUGUGCAGUCUCUAGACGAAGAGGAGGCCAGUUCAAUGUUGUUUGGAAGAAAAAAGAGAAUUAUCGUCCGAUUGGCGAUGCUAUUGCCCGACAAAACACCCGGUCCGAUGGACAAUAGUUGUGCUACAUUUGUUAAAAUUUCCGGCAAAAAUGGAAUGGAUCAGGCAUUUGUGCAGGCGCUACACGAAACUGUUGCCGCUAAAAUUUGGGAGAUUAGUGGAGAAAAAGUACCUGAAGCGGGACCAUCGAAACGAGUACUACGAACUGGUAUUAUGGGAAUUGAACGAAAAAUGUUUGAAAAGCAAAAACAAACCGAUGACAACAUAAACAUGGCUUUUAAGGAUUUGGGAAAGUUGAUGGAAAGGGCCAAGGAAAUGGUGGAGAUUUCUAAGAUCGUAAGUGCAAAAAUUAGAGAGCGACAUGGUGAUCUUUCCGAGGAUGAAACUAUUCGGUUCAAAUCGUACUUGAUGAGUCUGGGUAUAGAUGAUCCUGUUACGAGAGAUGGAACACGAAGCAACUCGGAAUAUUUUAUGAAAUUAUCGCAACAGUUAUGUGAAAUUCUGUUAGACCCAAUAAUGGAAGCAGGUGGAAUGAUGUCUCUAGCAGACGUGUACUGUAGAGUCAAUCGUGCUCGUGGUUUAGAAUUACUUUCACCUGAGGAUUUGUUGGAAGCCUGCAAAUUACUCAUAGGCCCGAUCAAACUAAGGAAAUUUCCAAGUGGUGCUAUGGUACUACAGUUAGAGAAUCAUGACGAUGAAUUGGUUUCAAAGGAAACAACUGAACUAGUAGAAAAACAUACUUCAAUAAGUGCUGAAGAGUUGGCUCGAGUCGUAGGUAUUUCUUUAUUAUUAGCAAACGAACGAUUACUAGCAGCCGAGGUACUUGGUCAACUUUGUCGCGAUGAGUCGAUAGAAGGUUUGCGGUUUUAUCCUAAUUUAUUUCUUCAAUAAAGACAAUUAACUAGAUCGUAA